AUGGAUCUCUCUAACAGCAUCUCUCACUCCCCCUCCCCUGGUCCUUCUCACAUGCUCCCGCUACUAAAUUUGUCUCUCCCGUCUUCCUCGCCGUCCCUCUCCCCAUCCCCAAGCCUGGCUUCCACAGCCCUCUUCUGCUCCCUGCUCUCCCUCAUGUCCCUCCUGGGCAUCGGAGGAAACCUCUACGCCAUGGGCCUGCUUCUUCAACGCAGGAGAGGAAGGCAACGGCAGGACACAGGCUGCUUCUGUUUAGGACAACUCUGUCCAGCCACCUCCUCUCCCUGCUCCAGAGCUUCCUCACUGCCUUCACCCUCUGCCUCCUCUUCGUCUUCCUCUUCCUCCUCCCUCUACCUUCAGGUCUUGAGCCUUGCUUUAGCCGACCUCCUCUACCUGUCCACCACCCCCUUCAUCGUGUACGACAGCCUGGCAGCCGACUGGGCAUUCGGGGAACUGGGCUGCCGACUCCUGCUCAGUUUGGACCUCCUCACGAUGCAUGCCAGCAUCUUCACCCUGACCGCUAUGAGUCUGGACCGCUACAGGGCUGUGGCAGACCCACUGGCCACAUCCUCCUCUCCAUCUUCAGGCCUUCUUCGAGUCAUUCUGGCCUGGGGAAUGGCCCUCGCACUCAGCCUGCCCAUGAUGAUCACACUCCAUUUGGAGGAUGGUGAGAACCAGGAGGGCAAGCUGUGUGUGCCUGCCUGGGAUGAGCAAAGCUCCAAAGUCUACAUGAGCGUGCUCUUCUGCACCAGUAUCCUCGGGCCAGGCCUGGCCAUUGGGGCACUGUACACGGCUCUGGGUCGCCUCUACUGGGUGUCCCAGACCCACCCUCCCUGGGCAAGCACCAGUGCCUAUCCUCCUCGAGCACCCCGGCCAAAGGUUCUGCUACUGAUCCUGGGAAUAGUCCUUGCUUUCUGGGCCUGCUUCCUCCCCUUCUGGAUCUGGCAGCUCCUGCCACUUUACCGCCCAGAGGCGUUGAGGUCCAUCCCAACCAGCACUCAGGUCACAGUGAACAGGAUCCUCACAGGACUCACCUAUGGGAACUCAUGCGUGAAUCCCUUCUUCUACACCCUAUUGACAGGAAAGCACAGGCGCUCACGGCAGAUGCUGGCAACAGGGGCCCAGCUGUGCCACAAGGAGAGCCCUCUCCACUAA